AUGACGCAGGCAUCAUCUGUUAUAAAUGAUAACUGUAGCAUUUGUCGUUCACAGUUUUUCGACCCAAUUGUUUUACCAUGUGGCCAUUCCUUUGAUCGACGUUGUAUUCGUGAAUGUGUUCAACAUUCAAAUGCUCAAGCUCAAAUACCAGUUGAAUCCAGAACUAUCGGAUGUCCACUCUGUCGAAAACAUUUCAGAUCAAAUGUUAAAUUCAUCGAUGAAUGGAACUCAAGACAGGUUGUGCAGUCAAUGGAAAAUAUGGCGAUUCCAGUUUAUGAAAUAUUUGUAAUCGAUACGAGUUCAUCAAUGUGGUUUUCCGAUGAGUUUUUUGGUACGGCACGUCUGACAGUGGCAAAAGAUUUUCUCCGUGAAAUACUAAAUGAAAGAAAAAGAUCUGGCAAAAAUUUGAUUGCAUGCUACUAUUUUAAUGCUAGUACCAAUCAACUCUUCGAUUUUUCUGUAAUUGAUGACAACGAAAUAAGUUCAAUAGAUCUGUUAACGCCAGAUACCAGUUUUUUCACGAAAAAAACUGCUGUAUACGAUUCAAUUUCUGACUGCAUGCAAAAAUUUCAGAAUGAAAUUAGAGGAGCAAAUAUACUACAAGAGAGUGAAAGGAAAAUUUAUGUCCUAAGUGAUGGCUGCGAUAAUAGAAGCAGACCCAGUAGUAUUCAACGAUAUCAAUUAAUCAGUCAGCGCCUUGCGAAAGAAGCAACGAUUGAAGGAACAUUUAUCCAAAUUGGUUUAAAGAAUUUGAAAACAGGUAAAAGUGUCGCUAAUUUACUUCGUUAUCGAUUUCAUCAUUUUGGAAGCGGCAAUGCAGCAUUAUUUACAAGAGGGUUUUUAUCGGAAAAUCCGUCAGAGCAUAACAGAUUUGUAGCACACCAUACGUCGUUGGUAAAUACUCAGACAGAGCAACAACAACAGAGAGACAUAAGACUUACUACAUCGCUUAUUCUUCCACCACAAAAUAACAGUCAACGUCAAGCGCUUCUCGCCGAAUAAGAGAGAGUUUGCUCAACAAUCAACAAGGAUGUUUUUGUCAUUUUAAACAAGCUUUUGUUAUGCCACGAGGACAUGAAGAGAUCAUAUGUUUGGAAAUGUGACUAUUAUUUUCCUUUCUGUUCUACUGACAUCAUGCAUCGGUCAGUACUAUGCGUCACGUUAAUAUAUAUGUAGAAUUUAAUAAUAACCGUAUUACUGGGGAUGGUACCUAUUACUCAUACGUUAUUGUGAUAGAUAAGAUAAUUCUAUAUAGUUUUUUUCUAACAGGUUAUCAGGUAUUACAGGUAAAGGUAUGAGA